GAUCGAAAAAGCGGCAGUGCAAAGUCAUGUUUGAGUACACGCCUCAGAACGAGGACGAGUUGGAGCUGAAACUGGGAGAUGUUAUAGACAUUAACGAAGAGGUGGAAGAAGGCUGGUGGAGCGGAACGCUGAACGGAAAAGUAGGCCUGUUUCCUUCCAACUUUGUGAAAGAGCUCGAAGUAUCAGACGAGGGCGACUCCCAAGAAGCCUGCUCGGAUGAUGCUGAGGCUGUUUUUACUGGCCCCAUCUCGCCUGUCACUUCGCCAGGAAAUGGGAACGAGCCUGGAAACGCACAGAUAGCGCAGCCAAAGAAAAUCCGAGGAGUUGGAUUCGGAGACAUUUUCAAAGAAGGCUCGGUGAAGCUGAAGACCAGAUUGCCCAGUAAUGAUUCGGAAGAGAAGAAGCCAGAUAAGCCAUUGCCUAGCCAUCCACCUGGACCAAAGGCCACCCAGUUUCCUAGUGCAACAAAAUCAGAAACUGCGACAGAGGCAGCAAAAGCGGAAGCGGAAACCAAACAAAAAGUUAAAGAAUACUGCAAGACCUUGUUCGCCUACGAGGGUGCCAAUGAGGACGAGCUUAGUUUUAAAGAAGGCGAUAUCAUCCACAUAAUAAGUAAGGAUACCGGAGAGGCAGGAUGGUGGAAAGGAGAGCUUAACGGUAAAGAAGGUGUUUUCCCGGACAACUUUGCUGUUCAGAUCUACGAAUCGGAUAAAGACUUCCCCAAGCCAAAGAAACCUCCGCCUCCUGUUAAAAGUCCAGGCCCAAAGCCAGAGCUUCCAUCUGUGGAGAAGAAGUUUCCUCUUAAGAUCGAAGAAAAAGAUGAAAAAGCCGCUUUGGAUCAGAAGGCUCCUAAACCGGCAGCCCCUCAAGUACCACCCAAGAAACCCGCCCCUCCAAACAAGUCCAAUAACAUAUUACGAGCUGGGAUCUUACAUCCGAAACGGCCGGAUAAGCCGGUCAUGCAGCCAUCGCCAUCCAAAGCAAAUGGAGAAGUGGUUUCCUUGAGACCGAAAUCUGAAAUUGAGCCCAUAGCAAAACCAAAGUUAGACUCGGAGCAGUUGCCCCUGAGACCAAAAUCCGUAGAGGUAGAUUCAGUUGCAAUAAAGAACUCAAAAGAAACAGAUCUUUUAAGUUUCGAUGACAUAAUCGCUACCUCAGAUAAUUUAUCACAUCCCACAGCAAAUAGGCCAAAGAUGCCUGGCAGAAGGUUGCCUGCUCGCUUCAACGGCAAUAACUCUACACCUCAGAAUGCAAGCAUAGAAAAGAGUGUGAAGGUGCAUAAAGAGGAGGAAGAAAGUGCCAAACUAAAGCCAUUUGAAGUUAAAAAG